AUUGAUGCCAUGCACUUCGACUUUGUGGACCGGGUUCUGGAGGUGAGCGACGAGCGCAUCGUGACGGUGAAGGCCGUGUCGAUGUCCGAGGAGUACCUGCAGGACCACUUCCCGAGCUUCCCUGUGCUGCCCGGGGUGUUCAUGAUCGAGUCGAUGGUGCAGGCGGCUCGCCGGCUGCUGACCGAGCGGGACCCGGCGCUGUCGCGUCACGUCCUGAGCGGGGUGCGGGCGUUGAAGUACGGGACGUUCGUGAGCCCGGGGCGGACGAUGCGGAUCGAGGUGUCGCUCCUGAAGGAGACGGAGGAGGGGUUCGAGUUCAAGGGGAGCGGGGUGGUGCUGGAGGCGGUCCAGGAAGUGCUGGUCGACGCGCUGGGCGUCGACGACGACGAGGUCACGCCGGAGGCGCGCCUCACGGCCGACCUCGGCGCGGAGUCGAUCGACUUCCUCGACAUCUCCUUCAAGCUGGAGCAGGCGUUCGCCUUCAAGAUCCCGCAGGGCGAGAUGUUCCCCGAGAACGUCGCCCAGGACCCGAACUACGUCCAGGACGGGAAGAUCACGGAGACCGGGCUCGUCGAGUUGCAGAAGAAGCUCCCGCACUUCGAUUUCUCGGAGUUCGGGAAGGACCCGCAGCUCACGGAGAUCGGGAACGUGUUCACGGUGGACUCGCUCGUGAACUACGUGGAGCGGAAGCUCGAGACGGCGACGCGCAUGCGCUGGAUGUGGAUCGACCGGAUCACCGAGCUCGAGACGGGCGUGCGGCUUGUCGCCAUUAAGAACGUCUCGCUCGCGGAGGAGCACCUGCACGACCACUUCGCGGCCGACCCGGAGCGCGGGCUUGGCGCGCUGCCGGUGAUGCCUUCUUCGCUCAUCAUCGAAGGGAUGGCGCAGAGCGCGGGGAUCCUGGUGGGGCACGCGAACGGGUUCAAGGAGAAGGUCGUGCUCGCGAAGGUGAGCAAGGCGGAGAUCAACCGCGACGCGACGGCGGGGAUGACGAUCCGUUACACCGCCGAGAUCGAGCGGAUGGACGAGGGUGGCGCCUCGACGAAGGGGACGGUGGAGUUCCUCGACCCGGCGACGGGGGCGAGCGAGACGGUCGGCGCGAUCGACCUGAUGUUCUCGCACAUCGACAACAACAGGAGCGGGCUGGCGUUCCCGGAGCACAACUUCGUGUUCGGGGAGUCGUUCAGGACGCUUUUGGAGAUGAGCGGGGUUGAGGGGUACUGA